UCACAGCUUCUAGUUUUAUUUUCGUUUUCAACUGGAAGAACGACUGGAAGCGGCAACGGGUUUUCCCUCGGCGCUCGAUUCAUUCAACAGAUCGAAACCCGCCGGCCAAUCAAUGCAAGUCCGAGUGCAAAAAACGGAAAACAAAAAUCAAAAUUUAAAAAAACACAAAACAGAAACAGAAACAAGUGGAAAAGCCAAGCUCCAGCGGCGAGAUUCCAGAUUCGAGAUUCGAUCUGAGUUCUGAGGGUCGCGUUUUGAGGCCGCGAUUGGCAGCGAUCAGUUGAUUGCAGCCGUCGGGGAAGACAGCCACGCCGGAGUCUAUCACUUCUGAUCACAGCGGAUCCACACAGAGAACUGGAGAAACGGAAACCGGAGAACCGGAAAAUGCUGGUGCUGCUCUUUCAUCUUCUCCUGGCUGUUCUGGGGGCCCAGACCCAGCUGAAGACCCUGAUGCACUUCGGCAACUGCAAUACGUCGGAGUACGGCCGGGGCACCUGCAUCGAGAAGUCCGACUGCGAGUUCUACGCCGUGGACAAGCUCACUGAAUUCGCCAGCAAGCGGCAGUGCUUCUCCCGCCAGCGGCCCGACCUGGUUUGCUGUCCCCGUGAGACAAACAUAAUCCCCAUUCUCGGAGCCCGAAUCUUCAACGAGACCAGCAACAGCGGGAACGAGACCUCCACAACGCCGCUUGCCACCCCCACCCCGCGCACCCUGCUCAAGCUGCUCAAGCUGCUGCCCCGGACCACGCCCCUUCCGCCAACGGGAGCAGAUACCCUGCCGCAGCAUCCGUAUUGUGGCACUUCGUUCGCGUCCCGCGUCACCGGAGGCAACGACACGGAGCUGUACGAGUUCCCCUGGACCACGCUGCUGGAGUACACCCUGCCAGGGGGAGUGAAGGACUUCUCCUGCGGAGCGGCCUUCAUCGCUCAGCGCUGGCUGGUGACGGCCGCCCACUGCGUCCACUCCAGGUACACGGGCCUGAAGAACCUCACGGCGGCCCGGCUGGGCGAGUGGAACAAGGAAACGGACCCGGACUGCGUGACCCAUCUGAGCGGGAAGCGCGAGUGCGCCCCGCCCCACAUCCGCGUGCCUAUCGACCGCAUCCUGCCGCACGCCGACUUCUCCACCGAUACCCUGACCAACGACAUCGCCCUGCUCCGGCUCUCCCAGCCCGUGGACUGGGUGCAUACGCGGCACGUGGAGCCCGUGUGCCUGCCCCCAUCCCAGUCGCAGGGGCCGCCCGUGGGCGCCGCGGCCGACGUCUCCGGCUGGGGCAAGACGGAGACGAGCGAGUCGAGCAAGAUCAAGCGCAAGGCCAUGCUGCACAUCCAGGCAGGGGAGCAGUGCCGCGAGGCCUUUCUGAAGGACGGGUACCUGGUGGGCGAUAGCCAGCUUUGUGCCGGCGGCGCACUCGGGGUGGACUCGUGCAGCGGCGACUCCGGCGGACCGCUGACCGUCGAGGCUGACACCCCCGGGGGCCACCGCUUCGUAUACCUGGCCGGGGUAGUGUCGUUCGGGCGGAGCAGCUGCGGCAAGUCGGAAUUCUCCGGGGUCUACACCCGGGUCAACAAAUACGUGUCCUGGAUCCGGAACACCAUCAACGAGAACCGCGGAUAGGCGCCCCAAGGACGAGGAAUAUUUUUUUUUAUAUUUUAUUGAAAUGUAACUAAGCCACGCAAUUAUAGUCCUUGCAAGGAGUAGCGACUUUGAGGCCAAAGGACACCUGAUUGCAAGAGGAGUGUGAA